GUGUGUGUGAGAGAGAGAGAGAGAUACAAGAUUGUGUUAAUUUGGGGAAUAUCUCUUCGUCUUGUUGAUCCAUCGAUGUAUCAUGUUGUGUGUUUGUGGAAUAAGUGAAGAAAAGUGAAUCAGCCAUCUCAACAAUGACUCAUUUUUCAAGGGGAAACUGAUCAGAGUUUCUUUUAUAUCAUCUACAAGAAUUUCAACUGAAAUCGUUCACAGUUAAUACGGAAAACACUCGACAGGAGAUAACUUUUUGAUAUAUACCAUAAUUAUGAUAAGUGAUGCCCAGUAGUGGGUUCCUUAGGCAGGAUGAUAUGAAUCAAGCGUCCCCGUACUACACAGUCUUUGUUGUCUCCACUAUGAUGACUUUCUAUUUUCUCUAGUUUCUCUUAUUUAGUCUCAGUUGAUUAGUCAACACCGUUUUGUGGAUGUGAAUAGCUAUCGACUUUACAUACAGUACUAUGGGUAUUUCGGCAGCGUUGCUUUGUGAAACUUUUGAACACUAUCCGUAUGAUAAGAGGGUCCCAGUUUCAUCAACAUCAUUUGAGAUUAUCAGAUCAAUAAUUGGUAUAUUUCAAGAAGUUAUAAUGCACGGUGAACAUCGUUAUGAUUUGUUCAACAGUGGCCUUCUGACGUACCUACUUCCGUACUUUAAUGUUAAUGGUCAAGCGUUUGACGUGGAACACUUACAUGCUGGCCUGUUAGGCUUAUAUGCUACAAUGUCGAGUAAAUUUACUCUUGAUGAUAUGGAAGCCUUUUUUUCAUUUUCAUAUGGUCAUCCGCCUCAUUCUGAUAAUUUCAAUGAGACUAACAAUGAAGAAGGCAUAACGAAUAGAAAUGAUAUCAUUGAUUGUUUCUCAUUAGAAGAUCUGCUCACGCAUACGUUGUACGCCUUAUUACAAGGUGCAGGUCAGGCAUCUAAACACAUGGCUCUUAUGUUGCUGUCGCGUUUGUUGAAACUGAAACAACAAAGAGCACGUUUAUACACUAAUCAUGGUUUGUUUAAUCAAGUAAUAUGGAAUCUUACACACAUCAUGCGAUAUAUAUCACACAGAAUGACGCCUGAAUUUCAAGCGGAAUCUAUGAGAGAAAUUCGUUUAUCCAAUAGAGGUGAACAAACAAUUUUUACACAAACUAAAAGGUUACUCCAAUUCACAAUAGAAUGUUUCGAACAACUAAUCAUUGAUCCAGUAUUAUGUCACAAAUCAACGAGUUUUCUACCGGUUGAAUUACGUUCGAAUCAUUUUGUUGAACUUUUCUUACAAGAUGAAGGUGUGCGAGGAUGGCUUGAGACAAUCUGACGAAUUUUAGGUUGAAAUGAAGUUCGCUAGACUAUUCUCGCCGCCUGUGGAUUAAUUAAUAUGUGUGCAAAACUAAUUCCGCUCUCAUGCUUCAGUUUAAUAUUGUUAAUAAAUACACACC